UAUUUUAUGACCCAUUUCUUACCAAUCUACCAUUUUAUGAUCGAACAAUGAUGAGCACUUGCAUUUUCCGAAAUUUCCAACUCAAGACCGGGGGAAUACCGAUAGCUCGACGUUCAGACCACCUGACCUCACGUGAUAUUCUUGCUCACCUCUCCGCACCUUUUGUACGACCUUCAGUGGCCCCCCACCCCCAUUCCUCCUCCCACUUCCACUCCUCCCACAUCCACUCCUACCACACCCACUCUUCCUCCGCUUCCCUUCCGAUCUCAGGUGUGUAUCACAUCUCUCAUCUGUCGUCAUUCUUCUUCCCUCUCAAGCGGUUCGGUAUAGAUUCGAAGUCUCUUCACUACACCUCAAUCAUAAUGUCAACUCGCUCCAGCAAGCGUCAGAAGACUGGGGAGGAUCAGCCAUACGAAUUGAUCUACUGGCCAACUCUUCCAGGCCGCGGGGAACACAUCCGGCUUGCCUUUGAAGCGUCCGGAACACCCUACAGCGACAUCUCCAACGAGAGUAAAGAAGGCAUCAAUGCCGUUCUCGAGCAAAUCAGCGACAAGAACCUUGGAAACGACAACGGACCUCCACCACUUGCACCACCAAUUCUUCGUCAUGGCAGCAAUGUCCUAAUCUCCCAAACCCCCAACAUCUUACUCUACCUCGGCCCUAAGCUUGGACUCACCCCAGACACCGACAAUGACCCAGUGGGCGCCUAUCAUAUCAAUGCUUUGACUCUGACUGCUCUCGAUGGCCUUUCCAAUGAAGCACACGACACUCAUCAUCCAAUUGCUACGGGCGACUACUACGAGGAUCAGAAACCAGAGUCUCUCAAGAAAGCAAAAGACUACCGUAACAAUCGUCUACCUAAGUUUCUCGGUUAUUUCCAACGUGUUCUUGAGGGCCCUGCUUCCAAGGGUGGCGAGUACCUCUAUGGAGGUCAACUGACGUAUGCAGACCUCGUACUCUUCCAGACCGUGGAUGGUGUGAUUUUCGCAUUCCCCAAGUGUCUGGCAGCGUUGCGAUCAAGUGGAAAGUUUGACAAGGUUUUCGCCCACUAUGAACGUGUCAAGGCACAUGAAAAGAUCAAGGCGUACUUGGAGAGUGAUAGACGAAUGAAGUACGGAAAUGGCAUUUACCGCCACUACCCCGAGCUAGAUGGAGAGGAUUAAAUCACAUCAGCAUACAAAGCGAGCAUAGAGGUAGAAUAUCUCGUCAGCGAAAGCAUUCAUUAGCUUGAAAAAAAAGUCCCCUAGAUAGGUUUCAUUCAUUAUCAUCAAUACACCCGCACAUACAUACAUCGACAAUCCGCACUAUGCCCUUGUCUAGGUCCCUA